UCUGAUCCCUGAAUUUCCCUGUUGUAUAUUUUCAUGUCUUGCCGUGAAUAAACGAUCUUUGCGGGAUCGAGCCUGGCACCAGAGUUUCUAGACGGCAGCAGAGCUCACGCCUGUCUUCAUGCUCCAGCCCAGGCGUGCUGUCAGAUAGGUGUGGUUCCUCAUUCAGGGAAGUUUCGCGUUCACCCAAGAGCCGAGUCGGUGAAAACACAUGAUGAUGAGUGACUCGUGAUUGAAAUAAGAAGAACAAGAACGUCAAGUGCCAUGUAAAGGAAGCUGGUGUAUUUUUUUGUAUAUCUUGGAAAGGUUGAAGUUCUGCGAGGCAGGAUUGGAGACCGGUCAAGAACCAUGGGCUUCCUGCAGCUGCUGAAAUCCCAGUUCUUGUGCCACCUAAUCAUCUGCUAUGUGUUCCUGGCCAGCGGUCUCAUUAUCAACCUGUUGCAACUCUGCACUUUACCUCUGUGGCUGAUCAAUAAGCAGCUGGCUCGCAGGAUCAACGUCAGACUGGCCUACUGCAUCAGUAGUCAGAUGGUAGCAACCCUGGAGUGGUGGUCUGGGACAGAAUGCACACUCUACACCGACCCAAAGAGUUAUUCACUGUAUGGAAAUGAGAAUGCCAUUGUGGUUCUCAACCACAUGUUUGAGAUUGACUUCCUGUGCGGCUGGACCUUCUGUGAGCGAUUUGGCGUUCUUGGGAGCUCAAAGGUGUUAGCCAAAAAAGAAUUGGCUUAUGUACCAAUUAUUGGCUGGAUGUGGUACUUCCUGGAGAUAGUUUUCUGCAAGCGCAAGUGGGAGGAGGACCGAACAACGGUGGCUCAGAGUCUCCAGAGGCUGCAGGAUUACCCAGAGAACUUUUGGUUCUUGCUUUACUGUGAAGGAACACGGUUCACACCAAAGAAGCUCCAGAUCAGCAUGCAGGUGGCUGAGAGCAAAGGUUUACCCAAACUGAAGUAUCACCUUUUGCCCAGGACUAAGGGAUUCUGGGUAACUGUCCAAAACCUCAGAGGAACAGCUGCAGCUGUUUAUGACUCCACGCUGAACUUCAGGAACAAUGAAGUGCCAACCAUGCUCGGAAUACUUAAUGGGAAGAAAUACCAUGCAGAUUUAUAUGUGAGGAGAAUUCCUCUGGAGUCGAUCCCAGAGGAUGAGGCAGAGUGCGCUGCUUGGCUACACAAACUUUACCAGGAAAAGGAUAGUUUUCAGGAGCACUAUGCACAGACGGGGCGUUUUCCUGGUCCCACAGUGAGCCCUGCUCGUCGACCUUGGUCCUUGAUCAACUGGCUCUUCUGGUCCUGUUUGCUGCUCUACCCUUUAGUCCUUCUGCUUAUUCAGCUGAUCAGCUCUGGAUCAGUUCUUACCAUCGCAACCUCUGUGGCCGUCUGCACUGCAGCAGCAGACUUGACAACUCAAACCUUCAGUGGGAGUUCGCUGGAUGAUCGGCCAGACUGAGAUCGAGAGAGGCUCAAACUAUGGAAAUAAACAAGUUCCACUAAACAACAGCUAAGGAUUUCUGACUUACUCAGAGCUGCUUCUUUGCACAGCUACUAAUCUGCAAAGUUGCCAGUCUGGCAGGAAUCUGUUGGUCCCACAAGUCCAGACCUGCUUCAGUGCACAACACGGAGCCUCUUCUUGUCACUAGGCUACAGAAGCUCAACAUGAAAGAUCAUGGAAGCAGAUCGUGGUGAUCAGACUCUUUUGCAAAAAUGAAAGGACAGGCAAGAUUUUUUUUUUUUUUUUU